AUGGCCGAAGGAUUGCUGCACUCUUCAAGUAAUCCAGAUCUAGAGAUGGAAGAUAUAGGGAAUGCAUAUUUUAAUAUUCUAUUGCAAAACUCCUUUUUUCAAGAUGUUAUAAAGGAUGAAUAUGGAGUUGUUAUAACAUGCAAGAUGCACGAUCUUGUGCAUGAUCUUGCAGAACUAGUUUCAAAAUAUGAUAGAGAAGACAAACCUGACAUUCAACAUAUGGCACAGACUCCUAUCAUACCACAAGGAUUUUCGAAAAGCAAUGUUGGGAAAUUGCGGUCCCUAUUUUCAAAUGGUGAAGGCCUUAGCAAUAGCUUGUCAAGUUUUAAUGCUUUACGUGUGUUGAAUUUAUACAACGCUAAAAUUGUGGAGUUGCCAAGCUCAAUUGGCAGGUUGAAACACUUGAGGUAUUUGGAUGUUUCUGGAACAAGAAUCAAAGAACUUCCAAAAUCUAUUGGCAAGCUUUAUAAUCUGCAGACGUUAAGAAUGUGUGAUACAUGGAAUCUUGGAAGGUUUCCAAAGGAAAUGGAAAAUCUGAUCAACUUGCGGCAUGUUUAUUUCGACGAGGAUAAGGAAGUUCCAUUUGGGAUGAGACGAAUGACUCAUCUACAGACAUUACGUUACUUUACUUUGGAUAGGAAAAGGAAUCAUGAAAUUGGCGAGUUGGGUGGCUUAAACCAAUUAAAAGGUGAACUAACUAUCAGAUCUUUGGAACAAGUGAGGGACAAAGACGAAGCAGAGGAAUCAAAUUUAGGAGGGAAAGCAAAUAUACGAAUUUUGACAUUAGAGUGGGGGUCUUACAGCCCCAAAAACAACACGGAGAGUUAUGUACUAGAAGGCCUCCUACCGAACCCUAAGCUAGAAAUCUUAAAGAUUGAAAACUUCAUGGGUGUUAAAUUAGCAUCAUGGAUAAUGAGUGGUUUGUUGCUACUCGAUUUGAAAGAGAUCCGGUUAUCCAACUGCAAGGAAUGUGAAGAAGUCCCAUCACUCGGCCAUUUACCACAUCUUAGGCAUGUUGAAUUCCGAGGUAUGGAUAAGCUUAAAUCUGUGGGAGUUGAGUUUUAUGGUUAUAACCAUGUUUACGGUGGUGCAGCGGGUACGAGUACGAAAAGGAUUGAGAUGAUGGCUGCUUUGUUUCCAUCAUUGAAAACGUUAAGUUUUUAUGAUUGCCCAGCUCUAAUUGAAUGGAAGGAUGUCGAUGUGAUUACGCCAACAGAUGAGAAAGCAGUUGUGUUUCCCUGCCUUGAGGAGUUGACUCUUUGGAAAUGCAGGGAUUUGAGAAAUGCUCCAAAUCGUUUUCCAUCUCUCCAGAAGUUGUUCAUUCAUACAUGA